AUGUGGACGUACCAUGCAGCCAGCUGUCAUCCAACCCGUUCCGUCGAGGGACACGAGGAGUUCGCUUCAGAGUUGGGCAAGGCCCGGCGAAACGGCCGCCCGGAGCGCCGCGCGGCCACGGGCUCUGUGCGCAGCGCCGUGCGCAGCGCGGUGCGGAGCGUGGCGGCGGUCUUCGACCCCGGGGACGCCGAGGAGGAGCUGAACGAGCUGCGUAAGCAGCUGCAAGAUGCUUUGGAGUCGCGGAGCACGGCCAUCGUGCAGCAUUACAAGGACAUCGCGCAGCCGGAUGUGAACGAAAAGGUCUACGACGAGAUCACGAAGAUCUCCACAGCGUUGAAGCAGUUGAAGGACGCAGAGCUGCAUCGUGGCAAGCUCUUGCGACAGCUGCGGUUGGACCUAGAGAGCCUCGCUGCCGACCUCCGUCGCCAGCUGACGCUCUCUGCGCUUUCCACCGCGCCUUCCGCGGCUUCGGCGCCUGCUGCACCGGCAGCGAAGGCGAAGGCGAAGGGCCGAAGGAAUGCGAAGGUCAACGAGGCGAUGGAAGUUUGGGAAGUCUCCAGCACCAAAGGCUCUCCCAACAACUCAGAAGCGCCGGACGCGCACACUCCGCGAUUGAUGCGAUGCAACGGUUGGGGUUGGGCGAUGGUAGUGGUGAAAAGCUUUGCAAGUCCCGGCAAAUGUCGCAAUUUGGCCCCUGUAAACAUCACGACUCCUGCGGGGUUGGAGUGUGCAGGCUUGGAGGAUGUGGGGAAGGUGAUCCUGUUCCUUCUCCCAGCGAUGUGCCUAGUCGAGUCCAUUGACCACAUGACCCUUGGCUUCCCGCUGGUCGCAGAUGGCUUAGAAAACUAUAGUUACUAUAAGCAGCUAUUAAACUAUGUAACUAUGGAUGAUCCAUGA